AUGACAGGAAUACUCACAACCGCGCGCCUCGUGUUCAAAGAUACUUCAGCUCGCGAGAAAGCCAUCGAAGCAUUUCGGAAGAUCAUCGCCUUCACAACGUCCAACGAACCGGAAGUACUGCAAUAUGUCUGUGCGUUGCCCGUUGAAGAUAAGUCGGGGACGGAUAUAUACAUGAUCGAAGAAUAUGCCAACCAAGCAGCAAGCGAUGCACACUUGGCAACAAAGCCUGUGCAAGAUUUGAUACAACUAUUCACUACAGGAGAUGUACUUGCUGGACCUCCCGAAGUUCACAACUGCCCCGUUCAGCACAAAAAAAGCCUUGGGCAGCCGCUUUUGGUGUCGUCUAAUCCCGGAAUCGUUCUUUUACAUUCGACAUCUACCGGAGCCGACGCUUGGGCAAAAGCGGUUGAGGACAUCAACGAAUUGAGUUUCAGUGCAGUCGUGGAAGACGACGAGACUAAAGGAGUCCCGGUUGGAAUUGAUUUUCGAUAG